CGAAAAGCUUACAACAAACCCACCCUUUCUUUCCUCCUACCCGCUACCCCCCUCCCCUCCCCCCAACAACCUGCGGCCAUGGUUGUAGAUACCACCUACUACGAUGCCUUGCAGGUCCAGCCCACAGCCACGGAGCUGGAAAUUAAGAAGGCCUACCGCAAACUCGCUAUCAAGCUGCACCCAGACAAGAACCCCGGUGACGAGACAGCACACGAGAAGUUCCAAGCAAUAGGCGAGGCGUACCAGGUGCUCAGUGACGAGCAGCUGCGGAAGCAAUAUGACAAGUUUGGCAAGGAGAGCGCUGUGCCGAGCAGCGGGUUCGAGGACCCCGCCGAGUUCUUCACCAUGAUCUUCGGCGGAGACGCUUUCACUGAUUGGAUCGGCGAAAUUUCGCUCAUGAAGGACCUCACCAAGACAAUGGAGAUUUCCAUGCGCGAAAUGGAAGAGGAGGAAGCCGCUGCCGCCGCCGCGUCCGCAUCCGAUCCCGCAAAGCCCGAGGCAUCGAGUGCUGCCGGACAAGAGACCGGUACGACACCAGCAGAAGCAUCUACCCCCGCCAAUGCCAAGGAAGCUGAAGCUGCAGCAGAAGCCAAAGCUGCGGUGGAAGCAGAAGCAAAAGAAAGGGCACAUGCUGCCUCGCACUCGCCGCCUCCGCCCUACAUCGAGACCCCCGCCGCCAGCGCCGCCCCAACUCCCUCUCAGUCAACCCCGCCCAUUUCCGGGACUAGUACCCCCCGAUCCGGCAUGGCGAUACCCAUUCGACCAGCCAUCAUGGACAAGUCAGACGAAGAGGCUCAAAUGGAAGCUGCAGGCAUGACAGACAAGGAGAAAGAGCUACGUGAGAAGCAGAAAAAGAAGGCAGGCCUUACUAAAGAACAGCGCGAAGAACUUGCCGCCUUUGAGCUCGAACGCAAACGGAUCCGAGACGAGCGCGUCGCUGCCCUCACCACGAAACUGGUCGAGCGCAUUUCCAUCUGGACCGAGACGGACAAGGGUCAAGAUGUCACAUCGGCUUUCAAGGAGAAAAUACAUCUCGAGAUCGAGAACCUGAAGAUGGAGAGCUUUGGCUUGGAGAUCUUGCACGCAAUUGGAGCCACGUACCUCAUGAAAGCAACGUCGUUUAUCAAAUCCCAGAAAUUCCUCGGCAUCUCAGGCUUCUUUUCUAGGGUCAAGGAUAAGGGUACGUUGGUCAAAGAGACAUGGAAUACCAUGUCGGCCGCCAUCGACGCGCAGCUGACGAUGGAGGAAAUGGCCAAGCUCGAAGAAAAGGGCGGCGAGGACUGGACGGAUGAGAAGAAGGCUGAAUACGAGAAGAAAGUCACGGGCAAGAUCCUAGCGGCCGCCUGGAGAGGCAGCAAGUUCGAGAUUCAGAGCGUGUUGCGUGACGUCUGCGAUAAUGCGCUUAAUGAUAAGAAAGUCAAGCUGGAGAAGAGGGUAGAACGCGCCCAGGCACUUGUUAUUAUUGGCGAAAUGUGCCAGAAGGCUGAGCGCGACCCCGACGAAGAAGGCGACUUCAUGGCUUUUGAGCAACUCAUGGCCGAAGCCGCAGCCAAGAAAGAACAUAAAAAUGACCACAAGAAAGAAAAGAAGAAGGAAAAGGCUUCGUCGUCGGCGGCAAAGGGGAAGGCAUGAGCUAACCCUAAUCCCCGUCCGCGUACCCUAUCCAACGGUUCUCUACCUCCCCUAUCCUAGAAUAACAUGGUAGAACUGUCAUAGGCAAUCGGCGGGCCUGGUGGGAAGGAGAGUUAGUUCUGAUCUGAGUGUGAAUAGGAUCUGCUUGCAACGGAUGAGACCCCUGUUGGGUGAUUAAUUGAUGAUUGGGUCGGGUUGGGGUUUGGCAUGAAUGAUCCGAAUCAAUGAUAUAAGCUGGCAUGAAAUAGGAUGGGGUGGGGGGGAAUAGGCUCCCCCGGUUUUUCAUUCAGUCACACUUACAUAGCGUGUCAGUCAGUCAUGUCAUUGAGCGAUCGAGCCGAGCGCCACUAGUCGGGUUUUCUGUUCUUGCUUACGAUAUAGAGUGGAGUGGGGUGCGUAGACUGCGUCUGUCUGGUUCUGAUCAAUAUACUCACCUCUCUUCCUUCGUCGCAACUUUUCUUCCAUCCACAAUCCUUGCUGUGACAACGAG